UGAGAGCAGCGCGAUCACGUUUCUGUUGAGUGCCCCUAAGCACCACCCGACUUCAGGGGCACAUAUGUACACGGUGCGAAACUCGGCCACAGCCACGGACCAACACUCAUCACCAGGACUUCAUUUAUUUCUGGUCGUCGAGUUUAAUGUCUAUAAAUAUCUCUCGUAGCUGAGGUGGAACCAUGAAGAGCAUUCGUGGGCGACACACACGAACAAGGUCCGCCGCAUGUUAAACUACUGUUGCAUGUAGGUGGGGGAGCGCUGUCGCUGUCCCAGGUUGCUGGAAGCGCUCGUCAGUCGAUCUGCGGCAAGCCAACGAGACAGUAAACGGUUUUUGAUCGAGACAAUAUGCAUGGACUGAUGUGAAUGCUGAACAAUAGCAGGGCAGUUAACGUAGUAGCUCUAGUCAGAGUAAAUGGGAUCUCACGUCCUCUAAUGUUUAAAGGAUGAAGAGAUUUUUCCUGUCAACCGUGCCACUGCUAAUUCUCAGCUGUCUAGGUGUCUCUCGCGUCUUUGCUGACAGUUUGGCGGCUCCUGUCAAUGUGACCAUCAAGGCUUUGAAGUCCAACUCUGCCGUGGUGACAUGGGACAUCCCCGAAGGGGACCUUGUCAUCGGCUUCGCCAUCACACAGCAGAAGAAGGACGUGCGCAUGCUGCGCUUCAUCCAGGAAGUGAACACCACCACCCGCUCCUGUGCAUUAUGGGACUUGGAGGAGGAGACCGACUACAUUGUGCACGUGCAGUCCAUCAGCAUGAGUGGGCCCAUGAGUCAGCACAGCGAACCCCUGCGCUUCCGCACGCCCAAGGAGUCUGAGACACAGGCCUCGAAGAGUAAAGACGAGGUGACCAUGGAGGAAGUGGGAGCUCAGCUGAGGGCGGGGGAGUUCAUCAUUAUCGUGGUGGUGCUGAUCAUGUGGGCAGGUGUGAUCGCUCUCUUCUGCCGUCAGUAUGACAUCAUCAAAGACAACGAGCCCAACACCAACAAGGACAAAGCUAAGACCUCAUCAGAGUGCAGUACUCCGGAGCACCCGACGGGGGGGCUGUUGCGCAGUAAGUUCCCCAAGAACAACAACAACAACAACCGGGCUCCAUCUGUGAACAUCAUCGAGGUGUGACGGCCAGAACACUCUCUAAUCCAAAGGAUUGAGUGUAUUCUAAACAGAGUAACCAAAGGGCCCUUUAUGCCCAUCUGCUUGUUAGGAUGAGGCUAGGACUGUGGGUCGUGGCCAGCCCUUUGGCAUGGGGCCUGGGUGUGAACUGGGCCCUCAGGACUCCAGGGUCCAGGUCUCAGAGGAGAGGCUCUAGAUGUGGUGGCAGGACUGUGGCUGUCGCUGCUCUAAUUAUUGCCAGAAAGUCAAGGAGAUAAAGGCCAAAUGGGUUCAGCUAUGAGUUGAGAGAGAGGAGAUAUGAACAUGGCCAGGGGAUUGUAUAUAACCAGGGCCAGAGACCCUCUCUCUCAGCUUGUUGUUAAUGAACUGAAACACACUGUCCCGGCCCCUGUUCCCCAUACUGCAACCAAGGCUUGAGCACUGUGCACCGUGUGAAAAUGAACUCCCCCUACUGCAUCUCCUCUCUUACAGUGUUUAUUUAUUUGCCUCCUAUUAUGCUCAUUUGCUGUAAGGCACAUACUGUACUUUCCUUACUAUUGCUUACCUCAUUUGACAUAUACCUCAUAUUCAAACUACAGUAUAUAUCACUGUAUCAAAACCUGUUUCAACCUGUUUCAUCUAUUCACAACAACUUCUUAUUGCUAAAGUACCAGUUUUAUAGAUCUCCUUCUGGCUCAACUCCCUGAAACCUCCUCUGAGAUGUGUUUUCAUUAGAUCAGAGCUAGUUAGUUCCCCGCUCAGGGAAUUCAGACAAUACGAGGCUAAUUUUGGAGGCCUUUCUGAAUCCAAGCUGGUGUCUAUGACGUCAGGGCAAGAUCAAAAGGAGCACUCAAGACACCCGUGCGGGAGAAUUCUCCAUUUAUCUGGAGAAUUAAAGCUUGUUAGCUCUGACAGCAGAAAAGAAUGUUGUCAUUUAUAAACAAAACUGGUCUCUACAUUUAUCGUUGAUUUACCUUAAAUAUAACAUUGUCCUUUAAAAGGUCCAAAGCAGCCAUUUUUUAAAAUAUCAAUAUCAAAUCAUCUCUGGUCAACAAUUAAGUAUGUUCCUGUGUUUGUUUUUGGAUAAAAUGAUCAAAAAGAUGAAGCUUCUUAGCAAAGAGCAAUUUCUUAAGCAAGAAUUAUGCUAGGACCGUCUGGGAGUGGUCUGAGUGGGGAGGGGAAACUAGCUGUUAUUGGCAGAGAGGUUUGGAACUAUCUUUCUUAUUGGACUAUUAACUUAUUGCAUGGUGAUGUCCCCAUGGAAAGCCCAAAGCUCCAUUCCACCAAAACGGGUGAAAUUUCAGGCAGUCUUUUCAAACUGCUCUUACAAUAAAAUGGCUUUAUCCAAAUGUUCACAAUUACAUAGUAUUAUUCCAAUCUCAGUGUGCAAAUAUAUAUAAAACACAGGAAAAUCACGUUGACUGCACUGGGCCUUUAAAGGGAUAAUCCACACCAAACGGCUAAUUCAUACAAUUAACAGUGUUACAUAACACUAAUAUGUGAAUAUAUUUCUUAACAAAUGUUUAAUUUUGUUGUUAUAACAAGGUUGCUAGAAAUAUGUGAAAAGCAUUGUGGAAAUCUCUUGCAACAAAAACCACAAUACAAUUAUAUUUCUGAACUGGCUGGCUAGCUAGCUAGAAAACAUAGCUAUACACAAUAAUACCAAAGUCAAUAUCAGCAUGUGAAGUAGCUAGCUAGCUGUAUAAUCGUCUAAACAAACUGCACAAUCAAUUUAGGAGUCUCUCACCAAGUUAAAAUUGCAGUUCAUCAACUUGCAAUGAAGCGAGUGCAGAUAGGGUACGUUGCUAUGGCAACAAUGGCAUUUUCCCACAGACACACGGGGAGCAUAGAGAUAAAUAGUAAUGGCGUCUUUUUGAGGGCAUUAAAUCCACCAUGGUUUGUUAGUCAAAGCAUAUGGGGAAAUAAAUGGCCUUUUUGUAGGGGUUUUGGAUAAACACGGGCUUAGGAGAUUUAGGUUUUGUUCUAUGAAAAUUUGGAAGCGUUUAUGUAAUAAAAAAAGCACAUACACAUAAAAGGCUUCAUAUUUCAAAAAGGUAAUGUUAGUUGACUGAUAUCGCAUAGGACAAAACGUAUAAGAUCUCCUAAGCCUGUGUUAACAUCAGAUCUUAUUUUUGGCGUUUAUCCCAAAACCCUAUUCUUUCCCCAUAGAUAGGUUAGCUGAGAACGUCACAAAAACGAUGUGCUUGCCUCCAUGGGGCAGUAGUCAGCAUGCUGUUGUGAUUCUGGAUGGCCAGAUUGCUAGCAAGAAUAACAAGAAACUGCCAUGUUGGGAAUCGUAACUGGCUCGUUUCAUCUUGUUCUUGAUACCAUGUCUUGUUUUGAGGUGUUUUGACUGAUUUAAUGUCAAUGCUGAUAUGGCUAGCUAGCUAACCAACAACUGUAAUGACGUAUUUGACGGACAAGUGCUCAUUGUGAAAAUGUAUUUAUGUUUUCAAUAAAAUACUGGAGGAAAUAUAGCAUACAUGUUAUCAACAAUUCAAGCCAACCCUGUCUGUUUUGCCCCAUAGUUGCAAAAGUGUCAGUUUCGUUGCUAAACAACCAGACUGUCUAUGGGAAUGGCUAAACGAACCAGAGGUAACUAAUUUCCUGUUUUUAGGACUAAAAGCUGGCGAGCUCUAUUGCGAGAUGGUACUUGAAGGAGAAACUGAGUUUAAUAAUUUGGUACACUGUUUAGAUUGAGCACAUCUAAGUGAAAUAUAUACUUUUUCAUGAUGAUAUAAACAGAUGGAUGUGUUCCAGACAAGUAUGCCAUACCAUCUAUUGGCUCACUUGGCGAUCUGGAGUGCAGGUAAUUGUUUAAAAAGCGUCAUAAAAUGUGAGAAGUGCGUUAUUCCCCCAUCUCCGUUGACGAGAACCAUUUGGCUAUGCCACAUUCCUACACCAUUUCAUGAUUUCACAGAUAGACCACUUAGAAGUUAAAUCAUGGGUAAUUGUUUUAUUUUACCCACUGAUAGAACAUAGGCUUUCAAGAAAUUGACAGGAGAUUCAUGAAUUUUAUUUCUGGUGGUGGAUUAUCCCUUUAAGUAAAAAUAAUAUUUGACUUGUAAGUAGAUUUACUAAAAUGCUACUGUUCAAAUAUUUUAAGUGUAUCGUUUCUCUUAUCACCUACCUUUAUUAGUGAAUGUUCAAGAGAGUUUACACUCACCUUUAAGAGGGGCCUGACUCAUGUGCAUAUGGACUGGAUGUGUCUCUGAAGAAGGGCUAAACAGGCCUCCCCAUGACAGCAAUAACAGCCCUGAGUGGUGCAGUGGAGCAUCUCACACACCGGCAGGCCAUGAAGCACCAGUCCAACCUACACUCAACCUCCCAGCCACACUUAAUGCAGGGGGACUUUAAAAUGUGAUUAAAUAAGUUUAAAGUCCUAUUUUAUGAGCAUCCUUGUUUAUGAAAAGACCUUUCUAUGAAACACCUGCCACCCCCAACUUUCCCAGAUCUAAUCAACGAUGUGAUCACAAGCUAUUGGGCUGGGGAAGUGCCAGGGACCUCACAAUACGAUAUUAUCCCGAUUCUUUGGUGCCGAUACGAUAUGCAUUGCCAUUCUCACGAUUCUAUAUGUAUUCCAAUUCGACUGUGAUUUUAUUACGAUUCGAUGUUCCAAACAUAUUGCUCACCAUAUGUCUGCUGCAGAGGAACAAAAGACAGCCAUGACAAAGUUUUGAUCAGUCAUGGAAAUAAAAAUGCUGAAAACAAAUUGUCUCCCUAUUUAACAAGAUGAUGGAAAACAAGUUUUGCUGCAGGUACAGCCAACUAGCGCAAAUAUAAUAUUGUGAUAGUCAAAACGAUACAUCUUCAAAAAUAAUAUCCCGAAAUGUAACUGUAUCGAUUUUUUUCCCCCAUCACUAAUGAGCUCCAUAUGUUGGUUCUAAACAUUGACCCCUUUGAUUCAGUCCCAUCUCACAUCAUCAUUAGUAGUCAUCUUCACAGAAGGGCUUCCACUGAAUCAUCUUCAGUGUGAGAGUCCAUCCUCCCCACCCCAUGUACUGUAUCACAGGCAGGUGUUGACAUGCUGUAUGAAGAGACUAUGCUGUGGGGUUUCUCAAAUGGGCCAGACAACCUCCUCCACAUCCCCAUGAAGGGGACAUUGCUGUGGUAAUGUGUUUUAGGUCUGAUUUAAAAAAGCAUUGACUUAAACACCUAAAUAUUCCAUUUUGUUUGAAAGGAUGGAAUGGUAAGGGUCCAAUUUGUUCCACCUUUUCCAUUUAGUAUUUCCAUGCCACUUGGCCCAUGGAGGCUGCAGUAUGUUAUGUUAAACAUCUGUGGUCUGUCUGUAUCCAUUAUGAGAUGGUAUAGGAGGAAAAGUAGAAUUUGAUUUAUUUUCUAAGGGAUGGGCGAAUGUAAUGCUAAAUAAAGAGCAUGACAGAAA